AUGAUUUCCAUCAAAGUGAUCCUUUUCGUGUUGUACCUUGUUUUCUGUCACAAGACAACACCCGUAUCACACCCAAUCCGAUUCUAUUACCAAUCAAUAAAGGGUUUAUUGCCCUCAAGAUUCAGAAAGAACAAGGACGUAACCAAGUUCAAUUCAUUCAAUUUGGAUUCCCCCGAUAAAUUAUUCAAGUACGUGACAUGGCAUUCACGUGUAAGUCCAUUGGAAAUUGAUUUGUUCAUGCACAAGAAUAACUCCACUUAUUUCGUUGAUUUGGAUAUCGCAAGAACUAAGUUACUUGUGCGUUUAUUCCAACAAUACUGGUGGAAUGCAUAUGAAAAUAAAUCAGGUGAAUUCGGCAAAAUUCAAAAUUCAUUUGGAAACAUUCCAUAUACUCCUUUGGGUACAGUACAAUGUCUGUUUAAACGGGAAUUGACAAUUUUUGAAAAAUACGAUGUAAAUUCCCGGAUUUUGGCGUGGGAUAAAAAAUGGUUAUUUGUAUUGUCAACAUUUACUACAAUUGAUCCAAAGACUAAAGGGAAAAGAACCAAUGCUAUUGCAUUGACUAAAUAUGUUUUCAAGAAAAAGAGACUUACAGUGCCACCCGCUGAAUAUUUGGGAUAUUGUAAUUUACUCGAUGAAAAGAAUGAGGAAAUCAAUGCUAGAAAUUAUGACCUUGUGAAGCAUAUGAUUGAUACUGGUGAUUUGGACGCGCUUGCUGAAGAAUUCUUGAAACAAACGUAG